AUGACGUCACGAAUGAUGGCAGGCGAGAGACAUCAGAAGCAGUUCUUAGUUCUUGAAUGAAAGAAAAUUAUAUGCUUUGAUUCUAAAGACGAAACAAAUGUCUAAAAACAUUCAUCGAUCGCACAAACACUAGCUUGUAGGUAUAUAUUUCAGCUUACAGACACCAUGAGUGAACUUACACCGGACGAAAUCAGAAGAAGAAGGUUGGCUAGACUAGGUAGUCAGCCUAACCCAUCACCACAAGAUGCUUCACGGUCUCAGAGUCAAGGGCAACCUCAAGGCCAGAGCCCUGGAGCCAGUGGUGGUAGUCAAGUGGUAUCCAUGGAAACUCAGCCAACUAGAACUCCACCGAGCAGCUUGAGUGUUGAUCCAGUAACUCCAGAUUCACAAAGGAGCAUGGAUAUUGAUUCUGAAUGUUCGGAGAAAAACAGUUUCCAGUCACAAAUGGAUGUUGAUUCUGGCAUAGAAAACCCCAUGGAAGUGGAUGAUACAGAGAUGAAAUAUGAUGUGAAAAGGAAGAGGGACACCAGUAUUGGAUCAGAGGCUACAAGGGAACAGAUGCUAUCAACUAUCAGUCGGACCUUCUUAGUUUCCUGGAAGGAAGCAAACUCAGAAACUGUGUUCAUCCCUGACAUUAGUUGUUGUGUGGAGGAAAAUGAUGACAUAGAUUACAAAGAUCUUGUCAACAAUGUUGUAAUGGAGGUCCUAUUGAAGAUAACAGAUAGCAAAGACAAUCCAGUACUUAAACUCCGCCCACCUAUAGAAUCCUCUGUGUCACCGCGCAAACAUGGCUCUAGUCCAAAAGGAGCACUGAAGUUGGGGGCAGCUCCACUCCCUAAACGAGAAUUCUCCCCCAAGUACCCGUCCGAGAAGAUUAAGGAGGUGGACAUGAUAAACUAUCUCCUUGACUGCUAUGAGCGGGCUGGUAUAGAGGAGAGGACAGCCCCAAUAAAAGCCAGUAUCCCACCAAUGAGUGUAAUGUUAUCCACCACAAGGAGCCAGUGUGUAUGUCAUACGGUCCUGGUACUUCAGGGAGCACUCACUCAACCCAGAUCUACAGGUGGAAUGUCCAUACUACUACCCUACCUUCUUUCACACAACCUGCCACGAGGAUUCCUGUCGGAGCUGAUUCAGACAACUUACCAUGACAAAAACACAUUCAGUAUGGUAUUUGUGCCUGUGAUACAGAGCUUGAUACGGUUGAUACAUACGCUAUCUCUAGAUAAUGAAGAUUACAAAGAUCCCCUCACAGUGCUCUCAGAGUUAUGUGAAGUCAAGAGUGGAAAUUCCAGGCCAAUUUGUUCACUGAUUGUCCAACAGCCCAAUUGGAUUCCUGAGGCACUAUCACAAGCCUCUGGCAUGGAGUUGGAGAAACUCUCCCUGUUGGGACCAUUUUUAGGUCUGUCGGUGUUUGCAGAGGAUAAUACCAAGGUUGUAGAGAAGUACUUUUCAGGACAUCAGCUUACACCAGAAAACACUAAACUAACUCACCAAUCAUUACAACAUGGCAUGGAGUAUGUACGGAGUGAAUUAUUCAAGGUCUUCCAUAACAUCCUCCUCAACUCAGAGAGUAGGGACGCUGCUCUCACCUUCAUGGCCACAGCUUUAACACGGAAUCUCAAAAAAUCUCAAAUACAGGUUGAUGAGCGACUUGUAUCCGGAGAUGGAUUUAUGUUGAAUCUACUGUAUAUUCUUCAGAAAUUAGCAAAGAAAAUAAAUUUAGACAAAGUUGAUGUAUACUACUUAUUUCAUCCCAACGCAAGAGUUAGUAUAAAGUCAGAGACCAGACUACGAUCACUUCCAGAUGAUGCAGAUAAAUGGGUGGAAAGGAUUCAAUCUCAAAAGAACCCACCAUACCAAGAGCCGAAAUUUCCCACAGAAUGUUUCUAUCUGACACUCCACUGUCACCAUCUGUCCAUCAUCCCUGUCUCCCGUCGCUAUCAGAGGCGGCUUCGUGCAAUACGAGAUCUCAACCGCAUGGUAGAGGAGAUGGAGGCAGCAGAACCACAAUGGUCCAUCCUCCCUAAUGCCUCAAGAAACAAAGAGCUCCUCAAGAAAUGGAGGUCCCAAGCACAGAGACUACAAAAGAGCAAGCUUUGUGCUGACGCGGCCGUGCUGGAUGAGAGUCUACUAAUGCACUGCCUGGAGUUCUAUAGUACUCAUGCAGACUAUAUACUUAAAGUCAUGGAUCCGAAGAAUAGGGGAAUGACAUUGCCACUACCCGAUGACAUUCCGAUGCAGUUUUCAGCAUUACCAGACUUUUACCUGGAGGACAUAGCAGAUUUCCUACUGUUUGCACUUCAGUUUGUGCCCCAGAUUUUUGACGAUCCAUGCUCUGACCGCAUCAUACAUGUAUUGGUGGUGCUGAUCUGUAGUAGCACACGCUACAUCAACAAUCCCUAUCUCACUGCCAAGCUUGUCGAAGUCAUUUUCGUCAUGAAUCCUGCCAUACAGCAACAGACAGUGAACCUUCACACAAGACUACUCAUGCAUCCACUUGCUCUCCAGCAUCUAGUCCCUGCCCUCAUGACCUUUUAUACAGAUAUUGAGACAACAGGGGCCAGCAGUGAGUUUUAUGACAAGUUUACAAUUCGUUAUCACCUCAGCAUCAUCUUCAAGGCCAUGUGGAGCAUUCCAAGUCAUCAGCUAAGAAUGAUUGAUGAGGCUAGGAAUGGCAAACAUUUUGUGAAGUUUGUGAACAUGCUGAUGAAUGAUACAACAUUCCUGUUGGACGAGAGUCUGGACUGCUUGAAAAGGAUCCAUGAAAUCCAGGAAGACAUGGAAAACACAGUGGAAUGGGCCAAACAACCAAAAGAAGAACAACAGUCUCGACAACGUCAGCUGGCCAUGGAUGAACGACAAUGCCGCUCCUAUCUCACACUUGCUACAGAAACAGUAGACAUGUUCCAUUAUCUUACAAAGAAAAUCAAGGAGCCGUUUCUCACUCUGGAACUAGCUGACCGGUUAGCUGCUAUGUUAAAUUUCAACCUGCAACAGCUGUGUGGAUCAAAAUGUAAAAACCUUAAAGUGAAAAACCCAGAUAAGUAUGGCUGGGUACCUAGGAAGCUGCUGAACACACUGACAGACAUUUAUCUCCACCUAGACUGUGAGGCCUUCGCCAAAGCUAUAGCAGAUGAUGAGAGAUCAUACCGUAAGGAGCUAUUCGAGGAUGCCAUUGCUCGGAUGAUGCGGGCCAACAUCAAGACUCACAACGAGAUUGAUAGUUUCCGGUCACUGCAGAGUAAAGUUGAAGAUCUAGUCAAGCAAAAGAGGGAGGCAGAAAUUGACUAUGGUGAAAUACCAGAUGAGUUCAAGGAUCCACUUAUGGACACACUGAUGGUAGACCCUGUGAUGUUGCCAAGCGGUGCCAUAAUGGAGCGAGGAAUUAUUAUGAGACAUCUCCUCAAUUCUCAGACAGACCCAUUCAAUAGACAGCCUCUUACUGAAGAACAGCUUGAGCCUGCCACUGAAAUGAAGGAAAAGAUUGCCAAAUGGACUCGACAAAGACGGUCUUAGUUGUGAUCAAUACGGAACCUAGACCUGGAGGCGGCUAGAUUUUGCACCUCAGGAAAUGUCAUACAAAUGUCAUGUGAAUUGUUCAGCAGCAGGAAUCUUUUGGUCUGUCAGGAACAAGUGUCAUGUGACAUGUUUGGCAUAAGAGCCAUGUGAUUUGUUAGCAGCAUAGGUCAUGUGACGUGUUUGGAAUUAGACCCAUGUGAUUUGUUAACAACAUAAGGUCAUGUGACCUCUUUACAAGAGUCAUGUGACCUGAGUAAGAUAUGGAAUGUGUUUGUGUAAGUUGUUUGUGAUCAUGAUGUGUGUAAUUCCUCUACAAGGAUAGGAACUUAACACCAGACUUAAAUCAUAUAAUUACCCAUGACAUUGAUGAAACUUUCUGCAUUUUAACCAUUCAACAUAACAUUGAGUCGUAAAAUGGUAUCAUUUUGAGACAGUUUUCUCUCCGCAUUUCUUUUUUAUUUCCUCCAUCAAUAUAAGUGAUGUCUUAACUUUCCUUCAGCAGUACUUCUCAGUAUAGUAUUUGUCAGUCACAGAUUUGACGAACAAAUAGUGUCAUUGACAAUCAAUCAGAUGUAGCGUUGUGGUUUAUUAGCAUGACAGACUGCACAUUUCUGGUGUCAGUAUCAGUUAGCACAGUUAUUUUACAGAUGAUAAUUAACUUUAAAGCUAACAGUGCAAGUGAAAAAGAUAAAUUGAGAUUUAAACAAAUAUAUACAGUUUAAGCUCAAAAUGAUGAUCCCAAGGGACUACCUUUCUGGCUAUCAUAUCUAUAAAAUAAGCACCAACAUUAUUUCAUGAUUUGCUUUGUAACAAGGAUCAGCUUCCCUGGAUAUAAAAAAUACAUUACCAGUCAAACUUGAUCUCAAAUCAAUACGGUUAUAAUAAUAUACAGUUAUGUAUUUGACCUCAUCAAGAGAUUUUGAUUUUUUAUAUAAAAAAAAAAAAUGAAUUUGUUAUGGAAUUGUUUUAAGAUUAAGGAAAUUAUACAGAUUAAUUUUAGAUAGUUCAUGACAUUCAGGAUAUAAACUGGAGAGUCCUCAGACAAUCAGUAAUGUUACUAAACAAAGAAUGGCAUCAUAUGGGUGUCUGCCCUGUUGAAUCUCUUUGAAAUAACUAUCUUUGGAAAUUAUCAAUUUAUUGUUCUUGUUGUCAGAUUGUUAACAUCUUCAAAAUGCCAGUGGUUACGCUCUCCUUAUGUUCUGUGCAACCUUGGAAUAUGUCAUGAUAAAACUGAAGACAUAACCUUAUGGGUAGUUUGAUCCUUUGAGGUCCAUCAGAAGGGUCGGGAUGAAGCAUAACAGUAAAAUUGACUCCAAAGUCAGGUGUUGCUACUUCAUAAUCUUCAGAGAACAUGUACCAGCCUCAAAUAGCUAGCUGCAUAUACCUUGAUUUUAUCUUGACAUAUUUCAGAAGUGUAAAGAAAGUAAGUGCGCGAAACCCAAGGAAUUUUAAUGAUGAAUUAUUACAGAACAUCCUUAGUCUGAACUUUAUUUCUAAAUCGAAUAAGAUAAGCAUAUUGUAUGAGUGUCAUUGUUUCAAGUGUUCCCUCAUGAUCUCUUUUAGUAGGCUUUCGUGUUAAUUUCAAGUUAAAUUGUGUCCUUGUGUGUUGUCACUUUGGUAUACAUGGUGUAUAUACUUUUUUCUUACUGUCUGAUCCUACACUAAUUUAUAUUUCUUAAGUUUUUCCAAAACAAAAACUUUGAAACAAUUUUGCUGGCUUCCAUUGUGUUCCCUUAUAAAUUUGUGAUGAACUAUUUAUACUAGCUAUGUUGUUUUUGUCAAGACAUCGCAUUUAUAGACUUUUAUAGUCUGCAUAAAAGGAGUUUGGUAGUGUGAUGGUGUGUUAGAAUGACUACUAUGGUGAUUGUUAUGUUGCCAUACCUUGUGAUGAAUAUAUUCCUUUUGAUAGAAUGUGUGAAACACUUUAUAAUUUAAUUUUUUAUUUGCAUUAAUAUAUGUGUUAAAUAUUAUUUACAAUAUUUUGAAUACAUCUUAUUGUAAAAAAAUGUCAUGUAAAUAUUCUGUUUGCUUUGUCUCUUUAAGUAAUUAGUUUCUGAUAGUGUUGCUGUUAUCAUAUUUGUCCCCUACCGGUGGAACCGAUGGGGGGCAAGCCGAUAACGCCCAUCUGUCUGCCUGUCCAUCCAUCCAUUCUGUUUUGUCCAAGUCAUAGCAUUUCGACAGCUGAACAUUUUUGAUGAACCUUUUUAAAUGAAUUAGUCACAACUGGACAUUGUGUCGUGUACGAUUCUCAGGUUUAUACCCAAAUUGUCAAAGCCAAAGGUCAAAUCAUUUUAAUCUUAUUCUAGCAGAUGGCAUCAGAAAGACUGAACAAAAAUUGAUGUAUUUGUACAUGUAUAAGUGUCUGUCACGUGAUUAGCCAGUGUGUCACGGUGAGAGAUAUCUACUGCAUUUCAAUACUUCAGUAUGCUUUUUUUCCUUUCUUUUUUGUUCUUUUAUUUUAUUUCUGAAAAUUCAUGUUGGCACAAUCCUUAUUUGAUAUGUCUGAAAGUUAAUUGAGUACUUUGGAAUUACAAAUGUUAGGCUGUCAAAGUGAUUUGAAUUUGUGCAACAAACAACAAAAGUAGCUGAUGAAGGAAUUCACCUUUUAUGACUGUUGGUGUGAAGAAAACUCCCUUUUCUAAAACUUUUAACAUUAUAGUUAUGCAGAUUGAAAUCAAUUUAGUGUUUAGCUCACUUAGGCCAGAGAUUCAAGUAAGUUUAUUCCAUGGUGUUCGUCAUUAAUUUUUCCUUUAAAAACUGGAACAUGGUUUGUUGAAGGAGACAGGUAAUAAUAACAGAGAGUCUGCCUUUUAGUAUUGAAGGGUGCCUGCUCACUGUCUUGUUAACAUAACCUGUAUAAAGUAUUUGAUAGGUUUUAAGUUUAAAUACAAUAAAAGACUGGGUGAACCUUUAAGGCUCAAGGGCCUCUUGGUUUGUCUUGUGAUACUGAUUUAAUUAAAAUAUUUAAUAGAGGCAUUUUUUUUUUUAUUUUACAAUUCAAAAGGAUUUUUGUUAAAAAGAAGUUUUUCAAAUAAAAGCAGGUACACCAUGUUCCUGCUGUUAUGUCUAUAUAUUCAAGAUAAAUGAUUAAUCAGUGUACCUGCGGUAUAUUAUUGAAACACUUGUUUGCUUUAUUGGAUCUUAUAAAUUUCUCUACUUUUCUCAAAACCGGAAGUCAGUUGAGCUUUUUUGUAGAAAAUUAAACCAUUUAAUCUCUGCAACAUUAAAUUACGGUGGUAUUGAACAGUUUCUUAAAAAAAAAUCAACAGAUAGAGAAUAGAUAAGCACAGGGUUGUAUAAUUCUACUAGCCCAAUGCCGAAGACUAGAAAAGUCUGUGUCCAAACUAGAGAAAAAUUUUCAAUAUCAAGUAUGAAAGUAUAGGUUGGGCAUGUGGAAUAUUUGAAAAUAUGCUAGUUGGCUAGUGCUUUAAAACAUGAAAUUGUACACUCCCGAAGCAGCUUCUGUCAACAUAUUUAAUAACUAGCCAAUGUGUUUUUUUCUUAUUGACUCAAGAUUUUGUGUUCCUGUUUGUUUGUUUUUGUUUUUUUCCUUCUUGUUUUGUUUUUUUGCAUGUAUAUAGCGGAAUAUGUCCAGAAAUAAGGGUUUGUGAUUUUAAGAAAAAGCCAGAUGUUCUAUCCAAAACUCACUUGAUCGUCACCUGUACAGGCCUUCAUUCUGUAGUUACAUAAAAAGCAAACUUGAUUUUUUGUUUGCAAUAGGUACGUGUACUUACGGUUACUGAAGUAGAGUGCUGUUGGUAAAUGUUGAUCAAACAAUGUUGUGUAGAGACAUUUGAUUAUAAUAUAACAAUCAAAUUCUGUCUUUGUAUUACACCAUCACAAUAAAUGAUUUCAAUAUGCUGAUUUGUGUGGUGAUGAUAUUGUGAUAUCUUUCACAGAAAACCUUUCGUGGAAGAAGAAAGUUACGACUGUGUGCAGUGAACGAGAAAGAAAAAAUGGAUAUACUGUAAAAAAAAAUAUAAAUUAAAUGUAUGUGUGUCUGGUGCCAAGCACUCUAAUGAGAGACUAUGUGAAUGAAUGUUGUCUGCACACUAUUCAUUUUGUUAGGAGAACAUGUGUGAUUAAUGCGUUGAUGAUAUGUGGGACGCUAAGGUUUAAAACGAAAUAGAUGUCAAUGUCUAUUAUAAAUAUAUAUAAAUUGGCUAUCCAAACUGAGUUUGAUUGUUUAACUUAUUAUUUGUUAUAAGAAGAUAACAUAUAAAAUAAAAAUAGUUUGUAUGGAUUCUAUCAGGUAACCAACUCUCAUUGUUGGAGGAAAACAAUCCUGCCAACCUUUCUGGUAGCUGGGGUCUGGAAUCAGGACGUUUUUUGCAGAAGAACAAAACUAUUUUGUGAUAAGGGCAUGUAUAAGAAGAAUGUUGUGUUUUGUCCCGAGUAUGGGACAUAUAGCGAGAUAUUGACAUUCAGUGUGCCUAGAACUACAGUGAUAAUGGUGGCUGUGUAUGUGGGUUCAGAUUUAUUCUGCCAAUUUCAAGCGUUGUGACAUAUCACUGAUUCAAAUUCUUCAUUCACAAAAUUCAUAGAGUUUUUAUGGAUUGUUUUGAAAUAAAAAAUUGGGGAUAAAUGAUGUGAAUUUAAUGGCUGGACCAGUGAUUUGAAAAGUAGAAGUUGGAGGGUUGCAUACAGAUUCUAAAAGCCCAAUAUUUGUUUCCAGGUUCCAAGACAUUUUGAGGGUGGUUUGAAGAAAACUGAACAUUUGUUGUGUAUUGCACUAUUAACUUGUAGCUGUUUUGUGGCAUCUUUAUGGCAUACUAAAUUUUGAUGAUUAAGGAAAUCAUUAAAUUGUAUUGUACAUUAAA